CCAGGCCGCGACGCGGAGCCGGCAACCCUAGAACGCUCGGAGGCAAGCCGGGGAGAGGCGGGGCCGGGCUGCGCGGCGGAAGCUGAAAUCCGGCGGCGGCGGAAGCGCGACCCCGGCGGGGCAAGAUGGCGGCGCCCAGGCAGGCCUCGAGCAAGGGUGAAUGAGAGGGAAUCCCCACACAGAAGCAGUGCUGAAAAGAGUCACACGGGGGAGGCAGCUGGAGUGUCAAGAUGCUGUCGAGACCAAAGCCAGGGGAGUCCGAGGUGGACCUGCUACGCUUCCAGAGUCAGUUUCUCGCAGCUGGAGCCACCCCAGCAGUCCGACUGGUGAAGAAAGGAAACUGGAGGGGUGGUGGUGCUAACCCAGACCCGCCUUUGCUGCAGGACCACCGGGAUGUGGUGAUGCUGGACAGUCUCCCAGAUUUGCCCCCAGCUUUGGUCCCUGCCCCUGCAAAGAAAGCCAGGCCUAGCCCUGGCCACUCCCUGCCUGAAGAUGAGGACCCAGAAGAGAGGCUGAGCAGGCAUGAUCAGCACAUCACUGCUGUCUUGACUAGGAUUAUUGAACGAGAUACAAGCUCAGUAGCUGUGAAUCUGCCUGUGCCCAGUGGUGUUGCUUUCCCUCCUGUAUUCCACCGCUCGCAGAAGAGACAGGGGAAGUCAGCAACAUCUGGUAAGAGAAGCAUCUUUGCCCAGGAAAUUGCAGCAAGGAAUGUACUUGAAGCCAGGGUUCCAUCACCUGGAGAGGUUGUGCCCAACCUGGACCCACCAGAGGGUGCUGUGACCUGUGAGACACUGGUUCCUAGGGACCAAGACAACCAGCUUCCUAGGAGCAGCCACGAUUUCCAGGGACCCAGUCUGGUCACGGGGAAGGGGCUCAGGGCCCAGAAGGCUGACCAGGAAGCCCAGACCAUCCAUGAAGAGAACGUAGAAAGGCUGCAGGCCAUGACUCAUGAGGAGAUCCUGCAGGAACAGCAGCGGUUGCUGGCCCAGCUUGAUCCUAGCUUGGUUGCCUUCCUGCGGUCUCACAGCCACACCCAUGAGCAAGCAGGAGAGAAAGCCAUCAAGGAGCAGAGGCCAGGAGAACCCUGUGCUCAUAUCACCAAAGAAGAGCCCUUCGUGUCAACUUCUGCCAGUGAGCCCAGAAAAGGAGACAAAUUGGAGCCAGGAGCCCCAGCUCUGGCACUGCCCAUGACCUCUGAGAAAGAAUGGCUGCACAUGGACACUGUUGAACUGGAGAAGCUCCACUGGACCCAGGAUCUGCCCCCACUCCGGCAGCAGCAGACACGGGAAAGAAUGCAGGCCCGAUUCAAUCUUCAGGGAGAGCUACUGGCCCCUGAUGUGGACCUACCCACCUACCUAGGCCUGCACCACCAUGGAGAGGAGGCAGAGAGAGCAGGGUACUCCUUACAGGAGCUGUUCCACCUGACCCGCAGCCAGGUGUCCCAGCAGAGAGCACUAGCACUGCAUGUUUUGGCUCAGGUCAUCAGCAGGGCCCAGGCUGGUGAGUUUGGGGACCGGCUCAUGGGUAGUGUCUUGAGCCUUCUUUUGGAUGCUGGUUUCCUCUUCUUGCUGCGCUUUUCCCUGGAUGACAGAGUGGAUGGAGUCAUCGCAGCUGCCAUCCGGGCUCUUCGGGCUCUGCUGGUGGCUCCUGGAGAUGAGAAAGUCCUCGACAAUACCUUCUCCUGGUACCAUGGAGCUUUGAUAUUCCCUCUGAUGCCCAGCCAGGAGGACAAGGAGGAUGAGGACGAAGAUGAAGAACCUCCAGCAGGAAAGGCAAAAGGGAAAGGUCCCGAGAAAGGAAGCCGGCCUCCAUCUGACCUGGCCCGACAUGAUGCCAUCAAGGGGCUCCUGGCUACCAACCUGCUGCCUCGGCUGCGCUAUGUACUGGAGGUAACCUGCCCAGGACCUGCUGUGGUCCUUGACAUCCUGGCUGUGCUCAUCCGCCUGGCCCGGCAUUCCCUGGAGUCAGCCACGAGGGUCCUGGAGUGCCCUCGACUGAUAGAGACCAUAGUUCGAGAGUUCUUGCCCACCAGCUGGUCCCCUUUGGGGGCAGGGCCUACCCCCAGUCUACACAAAGUACCCUGUGCUGCUGCCAUGAAACUACUUCGUGUCCUGGCCUCGGCUGGUAGGAAUAUUGCUGCCCGACUGCUGAGCAGCUUUGAGCUCCAGAGCCGCCUGUGCCGCUUCAUAGCUGAGGCUCCCCAAGAACUGGCCUUGCCCGGAGAGGAAGCUGAGACACUGAACACUGAGGCCCUUCGUCUGUGGGCUGUGGCUGCCUCCUAUGGCCAGGGCGGUGACCUUUACAGGGAAUUGUACCCAGUGCUGAUGCGGGCCUUGCAGGCCGUGCCAUGGGAGCUCAGCACACACCCGCCUCAGCCCCUGACUGUGCAGCGGAUAGCCUCACUGCUCACUCUUCUCACCCAGCUGACUCUGGCAGCCUGCAGUGUCCCUCCUGAUCCCAUCAGUGACUCUGCAGAGGCCAACCUACCGCCCACCCAUUCCUUGAUCACCUGGACGCAGGUGUCGGGGCUCCAGCCUCUUGUGGAGCCAUGUCUAAGGCAGACCUUGAAGUUGCUGCCCAGACCUGAGAUGUGGAUUGCCCUGGGCCCAGUGCCCACUGCCUGCCUGUUGUUCUUGGGCGCCUACUACCAGUCCUGGAGCCUGCAACCGAGCUUGUGCCCAGAGGAUUGGCUUGAGGACAUAGAGCGCCUGUCAGAGGAGAUGUUACUGCCGCUGCUGAGUCAACCUACGCUGGACAGCCUGUGGGAUUCCCUUAGGGACUGCUCCCCUCUCUGCAACCCGCUGACCUGUGCUCCAGCCCCUGAAGCUCCCCCCAGCCUUGUGUCACUGGGCUGCACAGGAGGCUGCCCCCAUCUCAGUCUGGCUGGCUCAGCGUCACCCUUCCCAUUCCUCACUGCUCUCCUCUUUCUUUUCAAUACCUUGGCCCGGAUUCACAAGGGGCUAUGUGGCCAGCUGGCUGCCAUACUGUCUGCCCCAGGACUUCAGAACUACUUCCUCCAGUGUGUGGCUCCUGGAGCUGCCCCACACCUCACACCCUUCUCUGCAUGGGCCUUGCGCCAUGAGUACCACCUGCAGUACCUGGCACUUUCCCUGGCCCAGAAAACGGCAGUAUUCCAGCCACUGCCAGCUACCAGUGCUGCCCUCCAUCAUGGUGUGGCCUUGGCUCUACUGACCCGCCUGCUGCCAGGAAGUGAGUACCAGGCUCAAGAGCUGCUGCUGAGCUGUGUGUUCCGAUUGGAGUUCCUCCCAGAAAGAGCAUCAGGGGGUCCGGAAGCAGCCGACUUCUCUGACGAGCUGUCCUUAGGGAGCAGCAGGGACCCUCGGUGUGGGCGAGGGGCUCUACUAGCUCAGGCCUGCCAGGACCUCCCCAGCAUCCGCAGCUGCUACCUGACCCACUGCUUACCGGCCCGAGCCAGCCUGCUGCCCUCCCAAGCUUUGCACCGAGGGGAGCUGCAGCGAGUCCGAACCCUGCUGCUGCCUGUGCCUAAGGGGCCACUGCUGCCCACCGACUGGCCCUUCCUGCCAUUGAUUCAUCUCUACCAUCGGGCUUCAGACACCCCCUUGGGGCUCCCUGCCACUGACACCGUGGGCACAGCCAUGCGGGUCCUGCAGUGGGUGCUAGUUUUGGAGAACUGGCGCCCCCAGGCCCUCUGGGCUGUGCCUCCUGCUGCCCGCCUGGCACGGCUCAUGUGUGUGUUCCUUGUGGACAGUGAGCUGUUCCGGGAGUCCCCAGUACAGCGACUAGUGGCAGGCCUCCUAGCCCAGCUCUGUCAGCCUCAAGUCCUGCCAAGCCUCAACCUGGACUGCCCACUUCCUGGCCUGACAUCUUUCCCUGACCUCUAUGCCAACUUCCUGGAUCAUUUUGAGGCUGUCUCUUUUGGAGACCACCUCUUUGCAUCUCUGGUCCUCCUGCCACUACAGCGUCGAUUCAGUGUCACUUUGCGCCUUGCUCUUUUUGGGGAACACGUGGGAGCCUUGCGAGCUCUGAGCCUGCCUCUGACCCAGUUGCCUGUGGCCUUAGAGUGUUACACGGACCCUCCUGAAGACAACCUGGCCCUCCUUCAGCUCUACUUCCGGGCCCUGGUUACUGGUGCACUCCGUCUACAUUGGUGCCCAGUGCUGUAUGCUGUGGCUGUGGCUCAUGUCAAUAGCUUCAUCUUCUCCCAAGAUCCAAAGAGCUCAGAUGAGGUAAAUACUGCCUGCAGGAGUAUGCUGCAGAAAACUUGUCUGCUGGCAGAUGAGGGUCUCCGGAGGCACCUCCUGCACUAUAAGCUUCCCAAUUCCACCCUCCCAGAGGGCUUUGAGCUAUAUUCUCAGUUGCCCCCUCUGCGACAGCAGUACCUCCAGAGACUGACCUCAGCAAUGCUCCAAAAUGGGGUAUCAGAGACCUAGUAUAGUUGCUAUGGGUGGAGAGUUGGGUACAUUCUUCUCUAUCCACCUCUCCAACAGAUGCCUGGCCAGACAGAAGGACAUUGCGUCCUACGGGUAGGCAGGAAACAAAGUAGCAGAAGGCUUGCCUUCCUGGGAGUGGGUUUGAGCUUUUUUGGAGCAGAAUGAGCCCUGCCAUUACAUCCAGAUAUUUGGAACUCAGGAUGUUGGGCUUCUGCUGGUCUGUACCUAGCUAUUAAUCCCCUUUGGGGAAAGGACAAACUGAGUAUACCUCUCCUUACCUACUCCAACCCCUGCCCUGGGCUGAGGUAUGUGAAUGCUAUAGAUGUGCAUUGAAAUAAAAGAAAUUUUAAUCUCCUGAG